AUGUGGCUGGGAUUACAAGGUAAAUUGAUUAUCACUGACAGACUCAUAAGAUGGGGGAUGAAUGUAGAAGGAAAAUGCAGUCUUUGUCAAGCACAAGAGGAAACUAGAGAUCAUCUGCUAGCAGAAUGUGAAUAUUCCAAGAGACACUGGGAAAAGACUAUGCAGUGGAUUCAACAUCAAAGAUGCAAGCAUACACAGUGGAAGCACCAUCUGGAAUGGACUAUCGAAAGUGCAAAAGGAAGAUCACCGCAAGCUCAAAUAUUCAGGAUGGCAUAUGCAGAAUGCCUCUAUGCCAUAUGGAUGGAGAGAAACUAUAGAAUUUUCGAGAAGAAGAGUAGAAAUUGGGAAGCAAUUGCAAGAGAGACAGCAGUGAUGUGCCAUGUUAGAGCAGCACCACGAGUCCAAACCAUCAUACAUAGUCUCCAGUUUUAG